AUGGUCUUACACAGGCUUAGUGCAAAGACAGCAUUUGCGGCCGCCCUACGGAAGUUCGGUUCGUUCGAAGCUACUAAUAGCCCACAGGAGCUCGCCCGUCGGUCCCAAAUCCUCUCUAAAUGCGCCUACAUACGUGCCAAACCCGGGCCUCCACCCAAUUUCCAUACUCGCACCCAGAGUGACCGCUACGCAGAUUCAGAGAACACGACUCCCGUUCUUGUGCGUAAUGCGACUAUCUGGACAGCUGCUAAUGAUGGGCACGAGGUUAUCUCUGGUGACCUCCUUUUACACCGCGGUCUCAUCAAAGCUAUCGGGGAUGUUCCUCUUUCCAUGAUUCGGCAGGGUCGAGUUGUUGAUGCUCACGGAGCGUGGGUGACCCCCGGCAUUGUGGAUUUACACUCCCAUAUCGGUGUCGGUAGUGUGCCUGAGCUAAAUGGUUCGCCCCCAUCUUGCCCUGGUUUGCGCAGUAUUGAUGGAUUGAACACCCAUGACGCAUCAUACGAACUCGCCAUAGCUGGAGGUGUUACAACCGCACAAAUUCUCCCUGGGAGCGCAAAUAAUAUCGGUGGCCAGGCAUUCAUAAUCAAGCUUCGUCCUACAGCUGAACGUUCGCCUUCUUCCAUGCUCCUCGAGCCUCCCUACACCCUCAAUGGCUCUCACUUUGACCACUCUCUCACGCCACGCUGGCGGCACAUGAAUGCCCGAAAGCUGCGCGACGCUCAAGAUGCUUUCUGCGCCAAGGCAGAGUCUGAUUCUUGGGAUGACCUCGCAGGGAAUGCAUUUCCUGAAGAUCUGCAAUGGGAAUCCCUUGUCGAUGUGCUCCGUGGACGUGUAAAGCUUUCAGUGCACUGCUACGAGGCAGUUGAUCUCGACGGAAUCGUCCGCCUUACAAAUGAGUUCGAAUUCCCCGUAGCCUCAUUUCACCAUGCUGGUGAAACAUACCUCGUUCCGGAGUUGUUGAAGAAAACGUGGGGGGGCACACCUGCCAUCGCACUUUUUGCAUCCAACUUUCGGAAGAAACGCGAGGCAUAUCGAGGAUCGGAGUUCGCACCACGGGUGCUGGCGGAACAUGGAAUCAACGUUGUUAUGAAGUCUGACCACCCCGUUGUCAACUCCCGCUACCUCCUGCACGAAGCCGCCCAAGCGCACUAUUAUGGCCUUGACCCUGCACUCACGCUCCUCUCUGUUACGUAUACUCCUGCUACUGCCAUGGGGAUGGGCCAUCGGAUUGGGAUGCUGAAACCAGAUGUUGUGAUUUGGUCCUCCCACCCACUUUCACUUGCUUCAACGCCCACUCAGGUCUAUAUUGAUGGUAUCCCCCAGCUCUCCCUUCCUGGAGGCCAUGUCGCCAAGGGGCCCACCACUCCCCCAUGCACACCCAAUUUCGACUCUGAGAAGGUGGCAGCGGUCGCGCACGAGGGUAUUCCCCCUCUUGAGCCUCGGAGCGUGAAAGGGGCGUUAUUCGUGAACGUCUCAGGGCUUUAUAUGAGAGGUGGUGGCUCGAGUGGGGUGGUGCGUGUUUCUGAGCAGGCAGGAUCGGUGGGUGUGGAGGAUGGUCAAGUGGUGUGUAUUGGUCAAUGCUCGGAUUUUGCAGAAGAGGCUGUCGAUAUCGUGGACCUUGAAGGUGGCACGAUCACACCUGGAUUGACCAGCUUCGGUUCGCCACUGGGGCUCGUGGAGAUAAGGCUUGAGCCGAGCACAAAUGAUGGAAGUGUUCAUAACCCUCUCGAUGGUGACCUUCCUGCUAUAUUGGGUGACACGAUCAUGAGAGCACAAGACGGUCUCAUGUUUGGUGGUCAGAAUUUGCUACUAGCCUAUCGCGGCGGCGUUACAACGGCCAUCACUGCGCCCUCUGGGGCCUUCCUGCAGGGCGUAUCUACUGCUUUCUCACCUGGAGCUGCGCAUGCCAGCGUGGAAAAUGCGAGUGUAAUUGAUGAAGUCGCAUUACAUGUGGGCAUAAGCAUGUCUUCAAGGAUAAGUGUGAGCACGCAGAUAGCAGCACUUAGGAACAUGUUGUUUGGAGAGGGUGGAGAUGAGGUGCUCAGGAGCGUUAGAAAGGUGGGCUUAUUAAUCAAGGGUAAAACCACGCUCGUUGUGGACGUUGAGAGCGCAGAUAUAAUGGCGACGCUGCUUCGGCUUAAGGAUGAGUACGAGACUCAUUCUGGGAGGGAACUUCGUAUGACCUUUGCGGGAGCAACUGAGGCUCAUCUCCUUGCGUCUGAGAUUAAGAGGGCAGGUGUGAGCGUGAUCGUCACGCAGAGCAAGCCAUUCCCGUCGAAUUGGGAGCAGCGAAGGAUACUUGCUGGGCCACCAAUAACGCAAGAGAGCCUGGUCAGCAAGCUUUUGAAGGCCGGCGUCAAUGUAGCCAUUGGAGUCAUCGACGAGUACAAUGCCCGAAAUACACGUUUCGAAGCCGGUUGGUUCCUCGCGUCCAAUGGUUUGAUCGAUCGCACAACAGCUCUUGCACUUGCCACGACAAACCUCGAAAAGGCGCUCGGAGUGCAGAGGGAGAUGCCUCAGGACCUUGUGGCAUACCGUGGUGGGGAUGUGUUUGAAUUUGAAGCCAAGGUGGUGGGGGUUAUAUCGGAGACGUUGGGGCGAACAGAUCUGUUUGUAUGAGAAACGGUAGAACUUUGACCACAAGCAUUAAGCAGUAUGCGCUGCAGCAUUGACUCGGACUUCCAGCUGCGAACACUGGAGGCCACGGAAAUCCAGAAACUAUGACAAUAAGGGAGGAACGGCUACCUUCAAUCGGAAUUGGCACUCGAACUGACUCAAGCAUGUUGAGACGGAAUUUCCGGGGACUUGCAAUCGACGAUGCAAGUAUCAGCCAGGCUGUCAGCCUAAGAGCUUCUGAAUGUCUCAAUGACGCCUUCUCAUGUUCAGAAUCUCGUGCAUGCUCGAUG